AGAGAGCCCGCGCCGUGUGCCAGCCGGGUAACGCGCAGCAUCCAUCCGGGAUCGAUGCGGAAGCGUUUCUCCGGAGGUCCGGCCGGCGCUGAGAGCCCCGGUGUGGCAGCCCGGUGUCCCGGUGUUGCAGCCCGGCGGCUAUUUUGAGGGCGGUCCCAAGCCGAGGCCCGCUUGGCUGGGGCCCAGCUGCAGCUUGGGGGCGCCCAGGCGGCCCGAUUUGGGCAGCGUCGCCCAGCGCAGGCAGGCUGCACAGCAAGAGGAUGUCGUCGAGGAGCCCGUCGCCACGGGCGGCCCGGCGGCCCGCGUUCCUCAGCCAGCCGUCGGUCAUCAGCUGGCAAUCGGACCCGUCCCGGCCGCCCCAAUACCUCAUCCUCAAUCCUAUGCACAUUGUCAACCUGACGGCGGACAAGACCAAGAGUUGUGCAGUGCGCGUGGCCCAGAGCAUCAAAGCCUUCAGUCAGCGCUGGUUCUCGCACAUCCUGCUGCUCCUGGUCCUCCUCGCCUACGCAGCCAUGGGUGCCGCGCUGUUCCAGCUCAUCGAAGGCCCCUUCGAGGACAAGCAGAAGCAGACGAUCGUGAACGCGCGCCAGUACAUCAUCGAGGAUUUGGUGCUCGCCCAGCGCACCCUCUCCGUGGCCGGAUUCCGGAGGCACGCGCUGCGUCGGCUGCGGGAGUUCGAGACGCAAGUGCGCGUGCUGGAGGAUGAGGCUCGCGUGCUGAGUCACUCGGAGAAAAAGAUAUGGUCCUUCUGGGGCGCGCUCUUCUACUGCGGCACCGUGUUCACCACCAUCGGCUACGGCAACAUCGCGCCCAGCACGGUGACUGGCAUGGCAGCCACCGUGCUGUACGCCUUCGUGGGCAUCCCCUUGCUGCUCAUGGUGCUCGCCGACCUGGGCAAGCUCUUCACCAGGGCCAUCAAGUGGGUCUUUCUGUCCGUGCGCCAGCUGUUCCGCACGGGUCGUUGCGGCAAGCACAGGUCCAAAGCACCACCCCCGCAGCUGCAGUACGUGGCGUUCGUGUGGCGCAAAGUGAACGACACCAUGGCAUACGUGCCGUACCCGGCCUACCUCAAGGCCGAGCCCACCACCCCGACCUCGGAGGAGCCCGGCGAAGAGACCAGCAAGGCGACCAGCGAAGAGGAGCUCGUCAUCGACGAUGAGUUCAACCUGCCAGUAUCCUUGGCCCUGCUCUUGCUCUCCAUCUACAUGACGGUGGGUGCCUGCGUGUUCACCAUUUGGGAGUCAUGGACCUUCUUUGAGGCUUUCUACUUCGUCUUCAUUUCGAUGAGCACCAUCGGGUUUGGCGACUUUGUGCCAGACCAUCCCAUGUUCAUGAUGGCCACCUUCAUCUACCUUCUCUUUGGCCUGGCGCUUACCUCGAUGUGCAUCAAUGUGGUUCAGGAAAAGUUGUCCGCCAUCUUCGACAGGGCAAAGAUGCAGCUCGGCACCACCAUCGGCUUUGACGCCAUGAUGAUUGACCAGGAACGAAAGGAGCCGCUGGAAGGCGAUGUCAAAGAGGCCGUCGCCAAGGAUGCUAUAGCCAAAGGGGCCAUCAUCAAGGAGCUGACCUCAAAAGACGCUGUUGCUAAGGACGCUUCCGCUAAAGAUGCCGCCGCUCAAAACGCCGCUAAGAAGGAUGCUGCAACCGUAAAAGGGAAAAACAAGGAACAGACCUGACCAGGACGAGUGUUUCUGGUUUGGAAUAAAGUGUUCGCGUAAGUAAACGGAA